AUCCACUCUGCUGACCUGCAGACCCACAGCAUCAGAUUCAGCAGCAGAUACACCUGAGGAGUCCACUUCUGCAGGACAUGCGGGCGGUGUGUGUGUUCGUCUUGGCCUGCGUGGCGGUGUCCGGAGCUCCGGGGGUCCGCGGGCAGGACGGCCCGGCCGAGGAGGAGCUGUUCCAGCGGGCGGAGGAUCUGCUGCUGCGCUCCAUCCUCACACAGAUGGAGGAGCAGAACAGCGAGAACGAUCAGCCGGAGUGGAUGGAGAAGCGACAGCACCCGGGCAAGAGGCAGCACCCCGGGAAACGCGAGGAGGAUCUGGAGCCGGAGGUGGAGAUGGAGCGCUGGAGGCGGCAGCACCCCGGGAAGCGCGCGCCUCUGGAUCUGGGCAUGCUAGAGGACCCCACUGCGCUCAGCGAGCUCUCCAAGCGGCAGCACCCCGGGAAACGCUACCUGAUGCUGCUCCACAAGCGGCAGCACCCCGGCCGGCGCGAGCUGCAGGAGGCAGAUGGACACUCAGCUGAGCUGGAGAAGCGGCAGCACCCUGGGAAGAGGCGGUGCGAGGGAUGGGCGGACGCCGGCUGCGGGCUGCUGGAGCUCCUGGACACGAGCGGAGCCCCGGAGAAGCGGCAGCACCCGGGCCGGCGCGCGGAGCUGGAGGACGAGCUGCCGGGGCUAGAGUAACUCUCGGCGGGCGGGUGAACGGACGCUUCAGUAAGUGUUCGGGAAACACACCUGUCUCUCCAUGUGCCAGUUUUCGAAGCGACAGUUCAAAGCCUCAUUCACCUGUGACGCGUUUUUGUUUCUCCGGCGCGCGUAAUUGCGCGGGGAGUCCUCCGGUGUCUGCUGUACACUGGGGUAAAGCUGGGUUUAUAUGCGCACGUUCAGACUGUCUCCUUAAUGAUGUGAUUUCAGGAAAGUGUUGUUUGCCAAUUAUAAAUAGUGGAAUCACAUUAUCAGUCAAAUUAUGAUCUGUCAAACAUUGUUUAAAGUCAGUUAAUAGUGCUGGUGUUGUUUUGAAGUCUUGCAUGCCAUUUCAGACCCAAUAUUCAGAGUGUAAUGUGGUAAACAAUAUAGGCAGCAUGCCACCAUUGACACUGUUCAAAUAUGAACGCGAAAAUAAAACCAACUCUUCCUCAAUGUCUGUCUGUGCUGUCGGAUUUCAUACCUCCCAUAGGAAGAUUGGCUGAUAGCAUGAUUUCAGUGUUUAGAAUUAGUAAAUAAGACUUUUUUAAAAUUAUAUCAAGGAGAAAGACCUAAUGUGUGAGUAUAAACCCAGCUUUACCCCAAUGUCAAACCGUCCCAUAACUCCUUUUCCAAAAGUAGGUAGCGCUGAAUAUGCGCCCAUCGGGUUGUAUAGUGUAAAUGUUUGAUGUAGUUCUGAGGCUGAUAUCACCCAACCCCUAACCCCAACCUCAGAACCAGUCAAACACAGUGUUGCUCUGUAUAAUCUGAUGGGCAUCAUGAUUUGUCCGGACACCGGCGCGAAAUGCUCCUCAGCUGACCGGAGAUCUGCUCUCUCCGUCGGUCUGUUCUGGAAGCAUUUCUGCGCUCAUCAGCACGGAUCUCGCACUUUUGCUCAGUGUAAAUGCCAUCGGGUUUGGGUUCGCAAAAACAGUGAAACGGGUUGCCGAGAUAUUUUUCUACAGUGAUUUAAUUCUUGCAUGAGUUUGACCUGUACAUUUCCAUGAUUUAUUUUUGUUCAAUUGAUAAAAGAGCAUAUAAAUGAUGAUGAUGAUGAUGAUGAUGAUGUACAAUAAAAUGCUUUCGAUGCGAA